AUGGGGGACGCAAGUUUUCCGCCGGAAGUGAGCUCAGAUGCGCUUUUCCGAUGUGUAAAAAUGAGCGGCGUAGACGACGGAGGAGAUGGUCAAUACGCUUAUCAAACGACGGUGAACAUCGGAGGUCAUCUCUUCAAAGGGAUUCUAUAUGACCAAGGCCCUGAAAGCAACUACAUGAGUGGUAACAGUGGUGGAAGCGAUCAUCAAAGCUCCUCCGCAAAUGGCGGAAAUCCGUUUAAUACACAGGCAAUGGCCGACGGUGGUGGAGGAGGAGGAGGAGGAUCCUCAGCGAUGUUAUUAGAUCCUAAUUCUGGUGGUUACUAUUCAAGUAACAUGACGACUAUGUUCGUGCCACCAGGUACGCAAUUCUAUCAAAACCCACCAAGAUCUUGA